GCAGCCAGCCAGUCAACCAACCAGGCGGGCAGGCAGGCAGGCAGACAGGCAGCCCGCGUCGUACAUGCGUAGAUAGGAGAAGAAUAAAGUUUAAUUAAUUGGGAUCGAAAAAAAGUCUUUAUGACCAUCGCGAUGGCUACCGGUUAACAACCAGUGUGAACAUAAAGUGCAACGAGUUGAUUGCCUUCAAGAACGGAUGUCCUCGUGUACGCCAGAAGGAACAGCUGCCAGCACUUCGUCCACGUCUGAUUAGACAAAAGUAAAAUAUGUUUCCAGCUUUGUCGGACGUCCUGAUUGGCUGAAUAUUGCGAGAGACUUUCAAACCCUAGGCAAUCCCUAUUCGAUAGCUAAUAGGCAACAAGCUCUUAUAUGAUUUAAUAUUACCAGAUUAUUCUACAGAUGUAUACAUAUAUCUCUUGCACAUGCUUUUCCCUAACCUCGAAAAUUUCCGUCAGAGUUGAUGAGAUACAUAUGUAUAUAUUUGCGAAAUUAUAAAAUUAUAAACACGAUAAAAAUCGACAAUAAAGAUAUUUUAUAAAAAUCAUUGAAUUUCCACAAUGGCCAUGCAAGUCCCAGCUGAUGUGGAUGCUGAUCAAAUAAAAUCUUUCCGAGACUUUUUGACUUCGUAUAAUAAACUCUCAGAAAUUUGCUUUGUCGAUUGUGUAACAGACUUCACGACGCGAGAAGUUAGAGCCAAAGAAGAGAAAUGCGCUCUUAAUUGUAUGGAAAAGUACUUGAAAAUGAAUCAAAGAGUGUCUCAACGUUUCCAAGAAUUUCAAAUAACUGCUAACGAAAAUGCUAUGGCAGUUGCUAAGAGACAAAGUCAGGCAAAUUAAAUUUAGUAAUAAAAUUACAAAUCAAUGGACUUUAUCAUGAAAGAUCUCCUAUCAUAAUCUUACAUCUUGUUAUAAAAUAAGAUUACAAGAAACAUUUCAUUUUCUCUGGAUACUGUUAAUUCAAGUCAAUUUAUUGAGUGUUUGUAUAAUAUAUAGA